CAAAAUAGUUAAAAAUGAGAUUAACUAUUUGACAAAGUUGUCAACAGUAUAAAAACAUCGGCAAAUUGUUGAGUAAAGUAUCAAAAGCAUUUCAUUCGCAAAAGCUUAAACAACUCAACAAAACAAAAUGUUCAAAUUCGUCUUUGUCCUUAUUGCUGCCUUGUUCGCUGUCAGCAUGGCCUCUCCUUCUCCCUUGCCAGCUCCAGCUCCCCGUCCAGUGGCUAGUCCUGAACCUGCUCCCCAAUUCUAUACUCCUUAUGCCUACAGCGGUGGUUACUAUGCUUCUCCUUAUGCCUACUAUGGUUAAAAUUGUGAUGCCUUUAUUGCAUCUACAACAGCGAAGUAGUAGUGUCAAAUAUGUUGGGGAUUAGUCACAGAAUAGUUUCUUUUGCGCACACUACUAUGGAUUACGGUUAUUGACUAUUAAUUACGUUCACGGAGAAUAUGUUUAAUAUGCACGCUGGCAUAUGGAUUUUUGUUUAUUUUUCUUUCUAUCUUCUCUGUUGAUUCUUUAAUUUUUGUUUUAAUAAAAUUUUGCAUAAAAAAUUU